AUGGAAAAUUUUGAAGAGAUAGAAAGUGCAUACAAAGAAAUAGAGAACGAAAUAAUAAAAACUGUUGACACACUAAGCGGAUGUAACUAUAUGAAGAUAAAGGAUGAAAUAAUUAUGCCUCAUAUGAGUGAUAAUUUAAUUAACAAAAUAAUACUAUUGAACAAGCACAUAAAUGAUAACAGUAACCCAGAGGAGUUUGAAAAAAGAGUAACAAAUGAGAAGGUGAUGCAAAUUAAUGAUAAGUUAAUUUAUUUGUUAUGUGAUUAUUAUAUUAAUAAGAAGGAAAUUGAUAAUUUAAUUAAUUUUACGACAAGUAAUGAAAAUUAUUUUAAUGUAUUACCACAAGCAAAGACAGCAAAAUUAAUAAGAAAUAUUGUUGAAAAAAUUUCUAAAAAGAUUCGUAAUAUAAGUACAUUAUAUAUAAUAUUUAAGAAGUACAUUAAUUGGGCAUAUGAAAAAAAAAGGAACUUUUUAAGAUGUCGUAUAGAAGUUAAAAUAAUUAUUCUUUUUAUAUUAAAACAGAAAUAUAAAACAGCUUUAAGUUUAAUUGAAAGAUUAUUAAAAGAAGUAAAGAAGGUAGAUGAUAAAACGUUAUUGCUUGAGUUAUAUAUUGUAGAAACAAAAAUAUAUAUGUUACUUAAAAAUUCAUCAAAAAUGAAAGCAUCUUUGACAUUUGCAAAAAAUAUAGCAAAUACUAUAAAUACAGCUAUUUAUAUUAAUAGUGAAAUAGAUUUAUUAUCAGGUAUAUUAUUUAUAUAUGAAAAGGAUUAUAGAAGUGCUUAUAUAUAUUUAUAUGAAUGUUAUGAAACAUUAUACACAUAUAUAUAUAAUAGUCAUAACAACACACUUGAUUUUUUAAGUAAGAAGCAUAAUGAUUUUUACUCUGUUAUUAUUCAUAACAUUAUUAAUACAAGUACCAUAUCAUCUCAAAAUAAAACAAAAAGCAUAAGUCAAAUUAGUCCAUUUUUAUUAUCAUUUUAUACGUUUUAUGAGUAUUAUGAUAGUAGCAAUAGUGUUUUAAAUUUAGAUGAAAUGAAUAUCAGUUCUAAUAACGUUAAUUUGAUAUAUAGCGAUAUGAUAUGCAAAAUAAGUUCUAGUUAUCAAGAGCUGGAUGAAGAAAAGAUUUACUGCAUUACGAACCCAAUUGAAUUAAAUUAUGACUUAAUAAAAAAUUUAACUUUAGAUAAUUAUGGAAAUCUGUUAGAGUCUAAGUCUUGUAAGAUAACGGAAAAUUCGAUUUUCAUUUUCCCAGAAAAUAAUAUUGUAUUUGGAAAUUUUGGUUUAAAUUUAAAUAUAGAAAAUUUAAAAAUUAUUGUUCCUUUAAAAUAUAUGUUAUUAUGUAAAAUACUAGAGGAAAACAACAGAAAAGAUAUUAAUACUAUCCUAUGUGAGAAUAACAAAUUAAAUUAUAUACCAAAUAAAGAAAUACAAAUAUUGUUAGAUAUAUCAAAAUGCUACGAAAAUAGAUCGUUGGAUGUAUUUGAGAAAAUAAUUAAAAUAAACAUAUUCCUUAUCAAUAUUGAUAAAGUGAUAUAUAAUUAUUUAAAAGAGUUAUAUGAACUGUUACUAGAAAAAAACAUAUUAAAAAUUAUAGAAGCAUAUAGUUGUAUUGACUUAAAUUAUAUUAGUCAAAAACUGAAUUUAGAUAUAAAUAAAAUUAUUUCUAAAUUAUCCGAAAUGAUUUUAGAUAAAAAAUUGAAUGCAACGUUAGAUCAGAAUAUUGGAAUUUUGAUUUUGUAUGACGAUAUGCCUGAUACGAAAAAUUAUCAAGAUGUUUUAGAAAUAAUAAACAAUUUAACGGAAUCGGUAGAUAUACUCUAUCAAAAAGCGCAGUUGACUAUAUAA